UGCCACUACGAAAACAGAAAAGCAACAAACAACAAAUACCUAAUUUCAAUUUGAAUCCUUCUCCAAUUUAACUAUAUAUACUCCACUUUCCUCUUUUUCUUUCCCCCAAUCCCUUUCUUUCCAAUUUCUCUCUGAUCUUCUUGAAUGCUAGAAACCCUUUUCCCCUUCGAUUUCAUGCGCUCCCUUUCACCGUCAACAACGGCGAGCGCUCUCUUCCUUCCAUCUCUCUUCCCUUUCGCUUCCUGCAUGCAAGGUUGGCAUUAUCGCUGCCUCGGUCUCGAUCCAUCAAAACCCUAAAUCAACCAUUUUCCACAUUCUUUUGAAAUUCUUUACGAAUUUCAACUCAAUUUCGUAGGGUGUAGUUUGUUGUUUGUGUUUUUUUUUGGAUUUGUGAUUUGUAGUGUGUGGUAAUUAAUACGGACACAAUGUUGUUGAGCAAGCAUAAGAAGAAUCACAACGCCAAUGGCGGCAAGAGGCUGUUGGUUAGCAUCAAUGUGCUGGGAAGUGCUGGCCCAAUUCGGUUUGUUGUGGAUGAGGAGGAGCUUGUUGAGGCUGUUAUUGAUACUACUUUGAAGUCCUAUGCACGUGAAGAACGGUUACCGCGACUGGGGAGUGAUCAUAGAGAUUUCUUUCUCUACUGUCCUCAUCAUGGAUCUGACGCGGCUUUGAGUCCAUGGGACAAAAUCGGAUCACACGGAGCUCGGAAUUUCGUGUUAUGCAAGAAGCCACACGCUACAAUUGAAGCAGCUGAUAACGGAAGUGGGACUUCGUCUCUUUCACGCAGGGGGAGUGGUAGUUGGAGGUCUUGGUUCCACCUCAACAUUAAAAUUUCUUCCCAUUAAUGAAUCAACUUGAAAUUGGGGAUCAAACAUUUGCUACAAUGUUUUACAUGAUUGUUGGGUAAAAUUACUUUUAUGAUUCAUCUUGGCUGUGUUUGUUUCUAGGUUGUCUCUGUUGGCACUAGCUAGAGACAACAGCUUUGAAUUCUGGCAAGAAUAAAGUUUUUCUGAUGUAUUUGGUGAUGAGCCUUUGAAUUUUUGGUGGAAUAAACUUUUUGUUAUGAACUAGUAACAAACCAUGCAAGGGUUAUAGUUUGGUACGAGCAUUUGUUUAGAUAAUAUAUUUAUU